UUAGAUCUAGGAAUUUUUAUUUGACGCGCAGAUCAGCCAGGUGUUUAUCGUCAUUAUAUUUCUGUAAAUGUUUGGUUGGCGUAACUUGUGUUUAGUUGUUAAAUACGUACCUCUUCACCUUUUUUAAACUACAGGCCAACCAUAAGGAGACAUAAUGGACUGUGAAAUUGAAAUAGAGGAAAAGUUUAUUCAGAACGGUGUCUUGCUGAAAAAAGGAAAUGCAGCUUACAUUUCGCUGCUCAAUACGGAAGGUAUAUUAGUCUUUGGAAAAUGCACCAAGACAAAUCUUCAUAUUUUUGAGUGGAAACCUGAAACAUGCGAAAUCACCGAUUCGGAGAGUUUAGAAAGUGGAUGGUCGUUGGUUGACCCUAUAUCAAAACAGCCUUCGUCCCCACCACAGGGAGUCCAUCCUUUUGCUGCAUCGAAAUCAGCAGCAUCACAUUCAGCCGAUUCUACCAUUAUGGGAGGUGGCAAUGAUCGUGUCUCGUGCAAUGAACCCGCGUACGGAUCCAUAAAAUUGAAACUUACUCUCCGUGUGUAUUUGCGUGAUCUAAGAGGAAUAGAAACACACAAAGAAGAGUUCAGGUUGUAUAACAGUGACCAUACAGUGCACAGUGUUUAUCUCUUCCGACAAUCAUCUACUAGUGUUCUGAUUCAGUUGUUGGAAAGAUUUCGCUGUAUACGGAGAAGUACGCAUCGGAAAAAUUUUUAUAGAUGUAUCGACGAUCCUGAUCAAGACAAAUUGCAGAAAUCAUUUUCUGAGCUCAACAUAGCUGAUAUCCGUGCUCGUCCUCGACCCCGUCCGUACAUGGAUAUGUUAUCAAAGCUUGCAAACGUCCAACAAAUACUCCCCUUAACCAGACCAGCGCAGAGUAAUGUUCACAGGGAACUUAGGUUCAGUACAUUAACUCCAACUGAAACAGCUGAUUCAAAUCAGGUUUCUAUAGCGACGAAUGAUACAGAAGAGUCAAUUAACGAUGAGAAAUGGAAACUCAUUGCAAGACCGCAAGUGACUCGAGGGCUCCCUUUAGACGCCGGAUCAUGGGAAGAUGUCAAGUGUCCCAACGGAUCUAUUUCUGAUCCAGAACGAGUGAAAGAAAUUAUCUUUCAUGGGGGAAUAAAGCAGGAUAUUCGAGCGGAAGUAUGGAAGUAUUUGCUGGAGUUUGACAUCUGGGAGCACAGUUUGCAGCAAAGAGACGAGCGGCGCGCACAAAAAACGCAAGAGUAUUUUCAAAUGAAGUUCCAAUGGCUAACGAUAACACCAAUUCAAGAGCACAACUUUACCGGCUACCGUGAACGUAAAUGUCAGAUUGAGAAGGACGUUAAACGCACGGAUCGUACGUACGCAUUCUUCGCCGGUGAUAAUAACCCCAACUUGGCGAAACUGCAGGAUAUUCUGAUGACUUACGUAAUGUACAAUUUUGAUUUAGGGUAUGUGCAAGGUAUGAGCGAUCUACUAGCACCUAUUCUCAGUCUUGUACAAAACGAAGCGGAGAGUUUUUGGUGUUUUGUUGGAUUUAUGCAGAAGGUGUUUGCCAAUUUCGAUAUCGAUCAAAAAGGAAUGAAACAACAACUGGAAAAUUUGCGGGUGCUGCUUUCCUUCGUCAAUGAACGUCUAUUCAAUUAUAUGCGUGAGAACCAGUCGGAAAAUAUGUAUUUCUGUUUCCGAUGGUUACUGGUAUGGUUUAAGCGUGAAUUUUCUAACUCAGAUAUAAUGCAAUUGUGGGAAGUUCUGUGGACAGGGUUACCCUGCCGGAACUUUCAUCUGUUUGUGUGUGUCGCUAUAUUGGAUCAGGAGAUGGAUGUGUUUAUCGAUGGAAAAUUCAGUUUUACUGAAAUCCUGAAGCAUGUUAACGAGCUGUCAGGCAAUUUACAUCUAACAACUGUACUCGAGCGGGCAGAAGGUGUUUACCUGCAAGUGAAACAUGCUCUCGAAAACAUGAAAAAUCCACCUGAGGAGCUUAGCAAAAUAAUUGGUGAACACGUAUCCUUAGUUUGUAAUGAAAGUACCAGCAGCACAGAUGACGAAGAUAGCUGUUUAUCGAUUCUAACCGAGCGUACAGCAGAAGAAAAAGAGAUACUGCAAAGAAAGCUGGACGAAGCUUGCGAUCUUUCACUGAGUUACAUGUUUUUUUAAAAUAAUGUUAGGUAAAGGUAUCGAAAACAAAAAUUUCAGUGAAAAGAAACAGUUGUACGCUCUUUGCCAACAACUUAAAUAUGAUAAAAAAACUUCUUGCCGUAACGGCCGUGUUUGUUAUGCCUGCCCUUUAAGGGCUUACUAGACUCUUUCCCUUUGUGUACGAGGAUAGCCAGUCUUAUCCUACAAGGGAUGGGUUGAGAUACAAAGCUCGAACAUGAGAAAUAAAUAAAUGAUGAAUAUGUUGUUACUUUUCUAAA